AUGGAAUGGCAUGUCCCUAGCUUUGGUGAAGUAAUUUCAGCAGCUUGUAACAGCAAAAUUGAUGAUGAUUGCCUUGGUGAUAAAAUUGAUGGCGAAGCGCAGUUAUCACUUGCAGGCGAUGAGUAUAGUUGCAAAGCUGGAGCAUUGUGCGUUAUUUCAUCUAUCUCUUCACUGCUAUCCGAUAAAAGGUUUAGAUCCAACAAAGAUGACGGCAAAGAUGGAGGUGGAGAGCUACUGUCUGAAAGAGUUGGAGGGAUAUACUUAUCUAACUCAUCAGCUGAAUCAUCACUGCUACCUACGUCUGAUCUAGCUCCAGAUUUUGGAACUAGGGCGAGAAUUCUGCGGGGUCUAUUUUGUUGUUGA